UAGUUGGGGUUAUUCUUGGUUAACGCGAUAAUAACAACAACGAUCUAGUGCAACCAUGCAGCGUGCUUAACUGGCUUCACUGGUUCCAAUAAACAGUUUCCCAUCUAGGAAAAGCUACGGAUGUAAAAAUUUUUAGCGCAGAUCUAGACUUCAUCGCGGAGGAUUUAUAACGCAAACAAACAUAUCGGUACCGUGUCGGCAUCCGGAACGCCGUAUACGCCUGAAAUGUUGCAGAGAUCAAUACUAGGACUGGCUUUUAUAAUAUGUGCUAUAGCGGAAGCUUGCAGACAUGGCCAGCAGUACAUGACCAGUGACGACGAUGAACAUAAUCGGAGACAUAUGCACACAAAGGACGGACAGGAGGAAUGGGGAUACGUUACGGUCAGGGAAAACGCUCAUAUGUUCUGGUGGCUGUACAACUAUCCUGCUGGCGCGGCCCACAUGAAAAAGCCUAGGCCUGGUACCAGUAGUGGUUCGCUUAACAACGACGAACGAAACACGGCUGCAUCCACGACUCCACUGGUUUUGUGGCUACAGGGUGGACCGGGGGGAUCUGGAACAGGUUUUGGGAAUUUUGCCGAAAUAGGUCCUCUGGAUAUCAGCCUGAAGAUGCGCAGUACUACUUGGCUGAAGAGCGCCAGUCUGUUGUUCGUCGAUAACCCUGUGGGCACAGGCUAUAGCUAUGUAACCGACCCUGGCGCAUAUGCCAAGACGGUGGAUCAAAUUGCCGAAGAUUUGGUAACACUCUUUAUACAGCUGUACCAGCAAAAACCAGAAUUAGAGAAUGCUCCGCUGUUCAUAUUUUCCGAAUCUUAUGGCGGAAAAAUGGCUGCAGUGUUUGCGGUACACUUGUGGAAAGCUGUCCAAAAAGGCUUGAUAAACGCCAAAUUUCGGGGAGUAGCCAUGGGAGACUCAUGGGUGCACCCGGAAAUGAUAGUGCAUUCUUGGGGGUUAUACCUAUAUUCAACGUCUCUCAUCGACAAACCUGGACUGCAAAUUGUGAAUCAAGCUGCUAAUAAUAUCAGCCGAGCGAUACAAGAUGAAAAUUGGACGGCGGCAACUGAAUUAUGGGAUGCUGCGGAAGGCAUUGUUGGUAGUGUCACCGAUGGAGUGGACUGGUACAACAUUCUGAAUCCACUGAAUUCGCAUUCCAGUCGCCUUAGGCAAAGCCGCAAACUACUUCACCAAAGCCGCCUCAUUUCCAAUCAUGCAAUCAAAAAUUUAUACGAGCGCCGCAUGGCUGUGCAUCAAAAUGAUGCACUAGAUGAUCUUAUGAACGGGCCUAUCCGCCAGAAGCUCAAAAUAAUACCGGGAAAUGUUACGUGGGGUGGACAGUCUAGUGAAGUUUUUGCUAAUCAAGCGGAGGAGUUUAUGAAACCCGUCGUUAAUUCAGUUGACUAUUUGCUCAACAACACGGCUUUGAAAGUAGUAGUCUACAACGGCCAGUUGGAUCUGAUCUGUGAUUCCAUUGGUGUGGAAGCUUGGGUCAGUCAGCUACACUGGCCAGGAUUGCCGGACUUUAUUACAGCGCGCCGCAUACCGCUGACUUUGGACACUUCAGAUUAUGUUGUGGGUUUUUCGAAACAGUACAAGACAUUUUCCUUUUACUGGAUGUUGCGCGGAGGGCAUAUGCUGCCGGCGGACCAGGGGCAGGCUUCUUUGCGAAUGUUAAAUUCCAUCCUUUUCUCAAAAUAAACAAUUAAGUACAUACCCGAGUGAAAAAGCUUGCAGGAACAACGCUAGUUUAACGUGUAACUACUAACUACCGCUAAGGGAACGGAUGUGUCCCAGUUUUGGCCGUAAACUAACGUUUAAUUAAGCUAACGCUUUUUUGUAAGUUGUUUUACUCGGGAUAUCUGUAACUUUAUCUUGUGCUGGGCGCUGGCUCAUAUCUUUUAAUUGUCUUCUACCCAACCGUCGGUUUGAGUAGGGUUUGUGUUGUAAUUACAAAUUACAGCAAGCGGCAUGUCAUUAAAAAUCCAAAUUUUGUAAUUAUAAUAUA